UCAUUAACCUUGAGAGCACAAGGGUUCAAAGAUAGUCAAACGUUCUGAGACACUGAACAAAACCUAUGACACUGCUCCUCUGGAAUCUCCUGCAGCCGAGAUGAACUGUGCGUAUUGUGUAUCUGUCCUCGCCGUCCUGCUUCCUGUAUCGCUGAGCGUGGAAAUGACGGGGUUGUUUGGCAGCUUCACUUCCCCCAACUUCCCUCGCCCAUACCCCAACAACCAUCACACAGUGUGGAACAUCUCCGUCCCAGAAAGCCACAGGGUUAAACUCUACUUCACCCACUUCAGUCUGGAACCCUCCCACCACUGUGAAUAUGAUUAUAUUCAGGUGUUUGCAGAGGCCAAUGAGACAUUGCGUUUCUGUGGCGAAGGGGAGAAAGAGUAUGUAGACGCCCCCAGGAACACAGUUAUCCUGUCGGCUGGGAACAUCAUGUCGGUAGUCUUCAGAAGUGACUACUCCAACGAGGGGCGUUUCACAGGCUUUCAAGCAUUUUACACCUCAGAAGACAUCAAUGAGUGCCUCAGCACGGUAGAUGGGGAGUCUGUGUGUGACCAUUAUUGUCACAAUUAUGUUGGUGGUUAUUACUGCACUUGCAGGUUGGGAUACCUGCUCCAUGACAACAAAAGGUCCUGCACUGUACCUUGCAGAGGUCAGGUGCUGACGGAGAGGUCAGGAGAGUUGGCCAGCCCGGGUUACCCCAGUCCAUACCCCACAAUGAGUCAUUGUAACUACACCAUACUCCUACCAGAGGGAUUCAGAGUGCUACUGGACUUCCAGGAACCGUUUGACGUAGAGGGCCACUCGGAUGUCCCCUGUCCAUAUGAUGUCUUGAAGAUCUUUACCGAAGGACAAGAGUACGGACCAUUCUGUGGAGCGUCUCCUCCUGGCAAGAUAGACACGGGCAGUUACCAAGUACAUGUCUCAUUCAGGUCGGACAUCUCAGGGAAAAACAAGGGAUGGAAGAUUAAGUAUACCAGCUUGGGAGUUCAAAAAGCAUAGUAGAACUUAAAUAUUAAAACAUAUCACAUGCUAUGCCAAUGUGAUACCUUGUCUGAAAUCUUUGAUAAUCCACAUGAUAUAAAAAGCCUCAUUCAUCAAGCAAACUCCAGUGUUAAUUACAUAACAUUGUAAAGGGCUUACUGUGAAUUUUCCAGUAAUUUACAGGCAACUAUUGGCAAGUAGGUUUCCCUUUCAAAUAGAGCAUUACCCUCUAGCCAUAAUUAGAUAAGUUAACUUCCCAUCAAUCAAAACAUUGACAAUUUUUUGUUUCCAGAGUGGUAUCCUACGAAUCAGGUUUGAGGAGUUAGCAAGGUAACUUUGGCCAACUCGGAGUUCAACUUGGUAUAACCAGUCAUACGAAUGUGGCUCACCUUUUAGCCAGGUACAGUUCUAUGGCAAUGAAUCCUUAACCUGCUCUGGGGUAGGCUAACUCCAUUUACCCUGAAUUAAGUUUCUGUGCCUCAAGUUAAAGACCAAUGAAAUCAGAUUCCCUUGCUCUCGCAAAGAUUUUGUCAUCAUCACCUUCAUUGAAAAAGAAGAUAGUAAUGACAGAAUGCAUUUGAAACUUCACGCACAGUAAAACUUUUGUAUGAAAAAUAAAAUGAUUAUGAUUAAAUUAUUUUAUUGAUAGGAGUGGGGGAAAAAAGGUGCUCAUGCAUUGAUAACCACACCAAAGACGGCAUUAACAAUAAGUAUUAAAACCCUGAGUGGAUCUAGCGUGCUUCAUAGGAUACCCCUCUGGUGUAGUUAGGUUGUUAUUUAGGGUUUACUGUAAUCGUGAUCUGUUCUUUAACUUACACCCUGCAGUACUACAUUUCUUUUUGAAUCUUGUUUGUACUCUGGCAGAUGGUGAAAUGGUGUGUGUUUAUCACAUGCACUUUCUGUUGCUUAGUUUGAUAAUUAGUAGUGUGUGUUUGUGAUUGCUGUUGGGGUUUUUCACCCCCCCAUUCCCAGGUUGUUGUUGUUGGACUAUUCUACUCAAUUAUAUUCUAUAAUGUGAUUAUGAAGUCAGUGGUAGCUGUGCUGUUCAGUGGUGUGUCUGUGGGGUGAAGGCUGAGGAUCCCAAUUUCGUUCAGGUCCGGUUCAAGGCCCUAGAGGAGUAACCUGAGGUCCUCUUGAAGAUCCUAAUACUUCUGAAGGACAUACUGAAUGCCAGUGAGACCAAAGUGAAGGCUCUGGAGACCAAGAUGGAGGCUAAUCUCCUAUGAAUGUGAUGCUACAGUAGCAACUUCUGUCCUGAUGUUCCCCCAGGCAUCUUCACAGCUUCAGUCAGGGCAGCCUACUACUAUCCCAGACUGUAGCUUUAAAAGCAUUUUGUUUAGAGCAAUCUUUGUGUACCUGUACAGAUGCAGAGGUCAGAAGAAAGACUAAACAAUAUAAGUGCAACAGUGACUUGGAGCCAGACUAACAGGACUCCUUGAAAUAGGGUGCUGUCAUGCAGUACACUGCCAAGCAGAGGAGAACAAAAUCUUACGGAUCAAAGCACAUCAGCACCCUAGACGUGCCCACUUUUACCUCGACUUCAAUGAACAUCCAAUGUUACUGCAACAAAGGCCCCAGAGUUUUACCCGAUCACAUGACCUUACCACAAAAAACUCUGGGCCAUAUCUAUAAAUUAGUUCCUCAAACAGAUGGUCAACAUCUCAAUAGCUAGUAUAAUAACUAAAGAGACACUGGGCAUCCUUGUGGGACACCUCUAAAUAGUUCCAACGCAUUCAGAUAAAUACCCAUAUUCACAAUUUUGCCCUCUGGUUUCUGAUGUAACAUGAACCUCCCAAAUAAAAAUACUGCCGUAAUACUGUCCUUGUAAUAUCCAAUGAUUUUCCGAAGGUAGCAGAUAUUGUAGUGACCCUCAAACCCAGAACUUCACAAUUACUAUAUGCAAACAGUUACUCGGUCUGAUAUUUUCCACACAAACAGGCACUUGAAGCAUUAAAUUAAUGCAGUAAAAGUAGUUUAAAAGUCAAAUCAGCUGCUGCUAUGUCUUCCGUCUAAGAAGCAAUGAUUUGUAGUUGUUUAACCUUCAUACAAUAUGCAUUUAUUCUUAGUGCUCCCUAGCUACUCAUCUAUAAAAACUGAUAUUCUACGGUGCUUCAGUCUGAUGAAAUUGCCUGUUCUCAGACACUUUAGCAAGCAGCUAAGGGAUGGGGCUGGAUAAAUGUAAUCACUCAAAUUCAUAGCUACAACUAUGGAUGCAGGGAUUAACCAUCUCUAUUCUAUGAGAACAAAAUUAGUUUUAAUCAUGUUGUGAAUCAAAGCAGUGUGUUUAAAUACAUUGUUUACAGAAAAAUGUGUAAAACAAUUGUGGGUUGCAAUGGCUUAAGACAGUUGAAUUGAGCUCAUGAGGCAUUUAUCAUUUAUAUCCACAAUCAAUGGCUAUAGGCUAUCAUUAAUUUAACAGUCCAAAAAUGGAUGUAUUAAUCCCAGAUUGCCCCUUUAAAUGAACUGCUAUUGUUGGAGGGAGAGAACUGUAGUUCUCACAAAUUGCUUCUAGCAUGAGCCUAACUUUAUUAUUUUAAGGCCAACAGUUUCUUGUGAUAAGCUGCGUGAGUUCUCAUGGACGAUGACAUUACCUUGACAUUUUGAAGAAAAGGAUCUAUUGUGCUUGAAGGCCUCCUUUAAGUCACUCACCUCAUUUCAGACCUCACAAAUGCCAUAAUUGUUUUGUUUAAUGUCUACCACUAAAACAUGGUUGAAAGACUUGGUUUACAUUCAGAUUGAUAGUUGAUGCAAAACAAAGGGAAAUAUUCUGAAAUAAUGACAAUAAAAUGAAUAUAACCAUAUUCAAUUCCCAAUCAAAACCCCCCAAAAUGCUGAGACACUUCACACACUGCUUACAUGUAAUUUCUGCUCAUUCCAGGAACACUGGUUAAGUGGAGGUAAUGUCACAGGAAUUGUGCACACCAUGAAACCCAUCAACUGACUGUCGAGACACAUACAGCAACAGUACGUAGCCAGUCACCUCUUUUCCCUCACACCCAUCAUUAUUCCUUUACAAUUGUAUCUUAGGGCCAAACAAUAUACACACCAUGACAUAUAAAAUAACUUCAUUGAAUAUCAACAAUCCAUAACGUUUUUUUCUGGAUCAAUAUAUAGACGAUACGGAGAAGAGUAUCUUGGCAUCACAAGCCGUGAGUUAAGUUUACCAUUUAAUGGUGGAUCAAAUGUCCUAUAUUAGUCUGCCUGAGGCAAUCCUCUAUAGCCGUUAGCUCAUUAAAAAACACACAGCAUUACAUUCUUCUAUCCAUGGAUGGGAAGCACAUUUUUAUAUACACUGGGAAAAAUAACAAGCAGUAAAUGAAAAGGUUGUGAAUGAAAACACAGUGAUGUCAGGAUUGUGCGCUUUAUUGUAGAAAAGCUGUCAUACUUAACACACUCCGCUUGCCACGUCAGUUCCAUAAAAAAAAGCCUCAUGAAUCAGAAUGCAAAACUUUGAUUACACAACUCUGUGGCUCAAUGAUAAAAUAUAUGUACAGUACGUACAUGUUCAUUCAUUUCAUACAGAGGGCUCCCAAGAUGCACCAUUUCAAACUGAACACACCUUUUUCUUUCAAGGAACAUUGGAAGCAAUAACGAGUGCGUAACGGACUUAAGAGCAUUUCAAUUAAUAUUCACGUGGAGUACAAUAAUCACAUCGUAAUACAGGUGAAGAUAACAUGUUUCACCAUAAAUUCCUUGAAUACACUUUUCUGUAUAUAUAAAUCUGUUGACAUCUCAUUGUAAUGACAUGUGCCUCCUUGCUGCCACCAUGUCCUUGUUGUAAACAACUGGUUUCAAAUGUGAUCUUACAGCCCUUUAAGUCUGUCCUAUUAACAAGGAUGUCCUGUCAAUACAACCA